UAUAGCAAAAACCGGGCAUUUUGAACUAACCAAAACCUCAUACCAAAAACAAGUUUAUAGAUUCUUCGUAAAUCCAUUUAUUUACGUCUAUAAGUAACAAGUUAGGUCUAGUGAGUAUUGCUUACGCUCUUCCAAAAAUUCCGAAGUAGAAACGCGAAUCGAGGAUCGCAGCGAUGUCGUUGGUAGCAGAGCUUGAGCAGGAGUACCAGCAGCUCAAAGCGAAGCUAGCCGAGGCCAAGUCCAUGAUCAUCGGCCACUUCGACGACGACACCGAGGGUCGCCGCGGCGAAGCCGCGCAACAAUCGAGCGCCGUCGCGAAUCUGCAGCUCGAACGCGACGACCUUGUGGAGCGGGUCGAGGACGCGAAGCGGCACGACGCCGCGCGCGGCAGGGAGACCGAGGAACGAGAGAGGCGCAGCGACAACCUCAUGAAGCAGGUGACCGUUGAACAAGAGGAGCUUCAGGAGACACUGCGGCGUGCGGAGCUUGAUCGACGGCAGCUCGUCGAGCUGCGCGACGAGGUACGCCACAAGAGAGCGCUGAUCGAGGAUCUGCGGGAGAAGGCCGCCAGGAGGAACGUCGAGAUCAGCAACUCGGUGAAGUUGUUCCAGGAUACGCUGGGCAUCGAGGUCAAGAAGCCGAACAAUAACACGAUACAGGUCGUCUUCACGCAAAUGGACGCGACGAAGCCCAAGCGGCCGUACUUCCUCGGGCUGGACGUGGACGCGGCGCGCAAGUACCGCGUCGUCGACUGCCAGCCUGCGCUAGACGACGAGCUGCCGAGUCUCGUAGACAAGCUGAACGCCACCAACGACUUCCACUCCUUCAUCGUCGUCGUGAGGCAGCUGUUAAAGAAGGCCGCGUAGCUCGUUGCCGCGCGCGUCUACGAAGUCUAGUUGAAGCGCGCAUCAUGUCGCGGCACGCGUCGUGUCGCGGCACGCGUCGUGUCGCGGCAUUCGUCGUGUCGUGGCAUGUGUCGU